AUGGAUGUCAAUGAUCCACUUGUUCAGGCCCUGCCACCGGCCACUGACUAUUUGACCUACCUCACUUUACUCGAGUACCAGUUGACUCCUGAGCGCCUGCCAUUAUUGCACCAACUCUUGCAAGAUGAGCGUCUCACCACCAACAUCGGUUGGGACCUCGUCAAGCUGCUUCUCCCUAUGCUCCCCGCAUCUACCGAAUGUCUUCAGGAUGUCGCUCGACUCGGUAAUCCACGAGAGGUGAUUCUCCGCGUGGCGGAAGCUCUCGAACAUCUUCAACCAGAAGAUGGCGACGACGAACUCGCUGAAGAGAACAGCGAUGCGGGCAAGCCUCUUCCGUCGCACAUUCUCCAGUUCAAUUGCCUCCUCGCCAUGCUGUCGGUUCUGCACAACCGGAUUAAGACAAAAGCCCCCAGUCGAUUCAUUGCAACCUCUCUCCAGGCCGCAUUGGAAGCCUACGAGACCAUGCCCUCCGACGAGACUACCCUAGCCCUGCUCGAGUUCCUUCGCGACGUAUCUCCCAGCAAACGACCUGCUCCGCCUCCACGAACCCCAAGCCAGUCAAGCGUGCUGCGAGUCGCCGCGGCCUCAGCUCCAGACCCGGAGGCCGAAGUCCAUUCCCCAUCCCCCGAGGCCGAUAACGAAACACAGCUCGUGGGGAAGUUCAUCCAAUUCGGUCUUAUCGAGCUACUCAAGUCCUAUCUUCUGAGCUUUUCCGGUCCGCUGGACCCUGGAUUGUCUUGGACUGUUCGCAUACAGGAGGAUUUGAAUCCAAACCUGCGUUUGCCCGAGCAGUCACAGCUGGAGGCGUACACUAGCAACAAGGAACUUAAAGAGCGAGACAUGAUUAUGGGCAAAAUUGUGGCGCUUUCACGGGAUGUUGGAAUCGAGAACAAUGAUCUUUUGUCGAUUGUUUCACGGUCAGCAGCAGACCAGCCACCCCCACUCGACUUCGAAGAACCUCCCACCACCCCCGAUCAGAUCCCACUGGAACGCCAUGGCUCUCUUUUGCUGCUGGCAGCACGGACGGCUGGUGCCCAUGUUUUCGCAUCUCGACAGCCAAUUCCACCGCUGCCAGUCUUUCCUGACCUCGCCGAAAUAUUUUCUAAUUUCGUUGGGGGCCAGGCUAGCCUCGAUGAGGUGGCGUUUGGUCAACCACAAUCUCUCCUUGAUUCGCUGUUGGCGCUGACCGUUCAUUCGACGACGCAAGAAAUCCCGUCCCCAUCAAAUGAGACCGAAUUCAAAGACUUCGUCAUAUUACUAACGGCUUGUACCGCCCGUCAAAGCCACGGAAUUGUUCGCCAAAUUCCAAAUGCAAUUGUACACAGCCAUCCAUCACAACUCACCCGAUUCAAGCUCAUCCGGACAGUCUUGGAGAAUGACCGCCUAAACUCUGCCCGAGACAGCGCAAUCACCUGGCUAAGGAAUGAGCUUCUUGAUGCGCCACCCGAAUCAACAGAGUCUCUAUUCCGUGAUCCACUAUACUUCUGGGUCCUGUUCCCUCUACUUUUCCGCACCAUCAAGACAACAUCGUCAACCCCGGAUCUUGUCCAGAACUGGACCCGCCUCACCCAGACUGAUGGCCCAGCCCUUCACUCUGCAUUGAAUCUCUACUACCUACUCCUCUCCUCGCCAUCACUCCGAAGUCACCUGCACCUCGAAAAGACAGCAAAGUUCUUCCGUAGUCAGGUCCUGAAACCCCUGCGAGAAAUCUUUCGUUCCUUUGAGUCCGAUCUCACUUCCAAAGGAGGCGAUGGCCUCAUCGAGGCUGCAGUCGGCGAAGAAAUGUGCCAGGUUGGCAACGACAGAUCUGUUGGGUUGAUUGGACUUAUCCUGGACCAGAUCGAGGAUCUUGUUGCCGAAUCAUUUGGUACUGAUGAAGGAGACCUCAAAUAUUACUCGGAGACGGAGGAAACGAGACUGGCGGAGAUACUCAAAGAGACGGAAGGCUGGAACUAG